CGUGCAAGCAAGAACGUUCUACAUAGUUUACAUUCAUCAUGGCAGAAAAUCCCGUCAACUCAGAAUUCGAAGGUGCUGCCGCCGGUCCUCAUUCAGAGACAGAUGUCCUUCACCCAAAUUCCACAACUCAUUCUCGCUUCUUGCCAAUCGCACAGAUGGGAUCCCUGUGGCACGGGCGAGACUCCCUGAAGAACCUUGUUAUUCUCGGAGACUCGUACAGCUCCGGUUAUCAGGACAGCGUCGACACUUGGCCCAACCAUGUUGCCUCCCUGCUCGCCCCUUUCGCAGUCGAAGUGCAUAACUUCUCAAUGCCAGGCGCAACUGCCAAGCAUCAUCUUAGAAGCCAGACGGCUUGGUUCUUUGCGCGUUUACCGAGGAAGGGUCCUGAAUACGAAUCUGAAUUAGUUUUCCUCGAUUCUGAAGAAACCACCUACGUUCUGUUUAUCGGUAUCAACGAUUGCGGCACGACAAAGGCAUACGAUCUAGAACCAAUCAUUGAUGUUGUUUUUGACAACCUGCAUCGGCUAGAUGUAGGAGCAAGAGCACGGAAUUUUAUCAUAGUCGAUGUACCCCCUAUUGAUCGAUCGCCAGGCGGUUCGUCAUUCAGGGCAGAGCUCAAGGACCGUGUCGAGACAUGGAACGAUUUGAUUCACAAGCAGACGGCUAGCCACGCAUCCCCCGGCCGCGGCGCUCAAACGCCUCGAAGUAUAUUUCUGUUUUCAUCGCACGCAGUGCUCACAGAUGUUCUGGACAACCCGGUGAAGUACGGAUUCACAGAGAACGACAUAGCGCAGGAGGGGGGUGGUAUCUGGGCGGAUGAGCUGCACGUUACGUCUGGCGUGCAGAAAGUGAUUGCGGAGCAGUUCGUCCGCAUGGUGGCAUCUAAUUCAAGUUCAUGAAUAACCUUUCAUGAGGUUCUCUCGAAUAUCUUUUUAAACAAGGCUCUACGUAAAUAACUCAUCCUCAGUAUGUUUUGCUCUUAUAGUUCUGGAAUCGAUGACCAUUGACCAUGUGUAUGUAAAGCCAC